AUGGCCCUUGCCGUCAAGAGUACCGAUGUCCCCCGAGGAGUCAAACGAAAGGCCUCUUACGAAGAUGUCAUACCUUCUUGGGCGCCCGCAAGCCCAAGUUUGGAAGAUUGUGGCAAGAGCUUCCUAACGGCCACACGACUAAGGCGGCAUUUUGCGGCCCAUGAAGGUCGCGAAAAAUUCAAAUGUACCGUCGUCGAUUGCGGGGAAACGUUUCGAAAGCACUCGACGCUGCAAGUUCAUAUUACCAAAGUGCAUGAGGGAAAGAAACCAUUCAUCUGCGCCUUUCUCGAUGACGACGGCAAACGAUGCAAUGCUGGCUUUGAUACUGCAAGCAAACUGAAGGAUCAUGAAGGGAGACUGCAUGAGAUCAAGAGAUACGUAUGCUCAAUAUGUUCCGACAACGAAGGGCAAGCAGCUGUGGAGAAGGACAUAUCCAUAACCUUUUCCACCUUUUCAGCAUUGCAGGAGCAUCUUGCUCAGGUACAUCCCCCGACCUGCUCCGAGUGCGGCUUAAAGAAUCGGACACAAGCAGAAUUGAAAAGGCAUAUCGAACUGUUCCACAGCGGUUUGGACCUCGACCAGCGGAGGAAAUACAUCUGUCCUAAACUUGACUGUGGACGAGGCUUCACCACUAAAGGCAAUCUAAAUCAGCACAUUAAGUCAUUCCACGGCGAGAAACAAUUUAUAUGCGAGGCUACUACAUCCACAGAUUUGAAAGGACUCGAGGCAUGGGAUGGCAAUAAUGCAUGUGGAGGGCACUUUACUUCGAAACGUCGACUAGUCGAGCAUAUCCGUAACAUUCAUUGCGGUCUCAGGACGAAGCCUGCUGGAAAGCCGAGGAAUGAGAAACGAGCGCGUAAGAAAGCGUCGGCAAUAGACCAAUUGACGGCCUCGAGCACUAUGAAUGACGUCUAUGCCCAUCCAUCUCUGCAAGGAUACGUUGAACACGUCAGUUAUGAAGAUCUGGUUGCUGAGAGAGCGCUUGAUGCGUGUAUGACAGCUGCGAAUGACAUCCCCAAGGAUGACGAAGGCUUUUGGCUCGGUGGAAUCAAUAACGAGGGAAUGACAGACUCCAGUACGCAGUGGCUUCAGGAUGAGACUAACAUGAGGCAAUUGAUUGACGAUGAGUUCGGUGUUGAAGGUAUGGAUGCUGAAGAUACCCCGGGUCUCACGGUUGACCCGAAACUGAUUUGA